GCCUUGGGCUGUUACUAGGAGUUGCCUCGCCUCACUGCGAUGGUUCAUGGCCGUUGUGUUUCUGCUGGCGCGUGCCGCCUUGGCUGCCAGGGAUGUCGACUCGUGCCCAGCUUUGCCGGCAGAGCAGAUGCGGGCAGAGCUAACAGCGCUGCGUCAACGCAGGAACUCGGGCGGCGGCCACGACUUCCAGCAGCUCUACGAAGUGACCACAGAACUGGAGCAGAAGAUGAAGAUCUUCUACGGGGUCAACGACACCGAGGACCAGGUGGCAGUGCCCUGCGUGGCGAAGGAGGUGUUGCCGCGCCCGGGGAACUUGCACGGCAUCAAGAGCCACGCCUACUACGUGGGAGCCAUCCGCAGCGCCCACCGAAAUGUGUUCGCAGAGUCGGCGCUGCAGUCCAUCGUCGCUUCUGAGUGGUACCACCCCGGCCUGACCGCCAAGCCCGUGUGGUGUGUAGAGAAUUGCGCGCUGCCGCUGGCGCGGCGCUUGGACGCCCACGCCGCGGCGCUGUCCGCGGAGCUGCGGCGGUUCUGGGCCCACGCGGACCUGAAGGACCACUUGAAGGGCGUCGGGGAGCACACCACCGGCUUCGACCGCCUUAUAGCGGGCAACGGCACUUGGGUGGACGUCCGGCUCUGGCGGGGCCGCGCCUUUCACCGGGAGCUGUGCCGGCGCCACUUCCGGGUGACCUGCAGCCUCAUCGAGGCGUCCCCGGAGGUGUGGACCAACCCCUGGAGCCACGUGCUGAUCAGCGUGCUGCUGCCCGGCAGCUGGGUGCCCUUCCACCAGGGCCACACCAACGGUCAGCUGACCUACCACUUUGCCGCGCUGCUGCCGGAGGACGGCGCCGCGGAGCUGGCGGUGCUGGAGGGAAGCGAUGCGGCGGAGGGCGGCAGGCGCCUGACGCAUCCGGAGGAGACCACCGUGUCCUGGCGUCUCGGCCGGACUUUGGUCUUUGACGACUCCUUCACCCAUGCCGUGCGCUACCGUGGACACGCAAGCGGAGGCGCUGGAUCGAUGUGGGCUGGCUCAGGCCGCCCGCCGCGGCUGCUGCUGCUGACCCGGGCCUGGCACCCGGAGCUGGGCGCCGCGGAGCGCCGCGGCCUGCGCGAGCUCAUCCGCCGGGGCGGCGAGGAGCAGCCCGAGGGCUACGAGAUGUUGCCGUUGCCGUCCCACUGGUGAGUUGGCGGAAAAUGCGGGGCCGGCGGGGAGGCCUUGGGGCGAGGCAAGGCGCGUGAGAAAGCCACCGAACA